AAUUAAUAAAGUGAAAGCUUGUGUUGCGAAUUUUGAUGAAACAUUUCAAGUGACAACUAAAGUCGUGAGUUUUUCGGGCUACUAAACCUUGAGAUCCUCAGGAAUGAAAAUGAGUCAGCUGGGAACAGUUUAUGCCACCAAAAGGAGGCGUCGCAAUGGCAAAAGUAUCAAGACAACACCAAAAGAGGGCAUCACGAAAAGCAAUCCUUCCAAAAGACACCGGGAGCGGCUAAACGCUGAACUAGAUCUUCUGGCUUCGUUACUUCCAUUUGAGCAAAACAUAUUGAGUAAGUUGGACAGAUUAAGCAUUCUUCGGCUAUCGGUGAGCUAUUUGAGGAUUAAAAGCUAUUUUCAAGUUGUGAUGCACAAAGAAAAGGGUGAAAAUGGAUUGAUGCCACACUCCGUUUCAGAGGAAAGCUAUCGGGCGCGAGAUUUUACUUCCUAUGAUCAUAGCUUUAUAGUGGACAGCGACAUGUUUUUGCAGGCACUUAAUGGUUUCAUUAUGAUUCUCACCUGUGAGGGAGAAGUAUUCUUUGCAACACACACUAUAGAAAGCUACCUAGGAUUUCAUCAGUCCGAUAUCAUCCAUCAAUCCGUAUACGAGCUGGUACAUUCAGAAGACCGAGAAGAGCUGCAGAAACAACUGUUGUGGAACUCCUUUCUGCCGGCUGAUCUAUCCGGUAUUCAGCUGUCCGAAGCUUUAGUGCCUGAAAAGGAUAAGCUUUUGGAACGAAGCUUUACCGUUCGGUUUCGAUGUUUGUUAGACAAUACUUCCGGCUUUCUGCGCUUGGAUAUACGUGGCCGGGUGAAGAUAUUACAUGGACAAAAUAAAAAGAAUGAAGAGCCUCCUCUUGCUCUGUUUGCAUUUUGUACACCAUUUGGGCCUCCCAGCUUACUAGAGAUUCCACCGAAAGAGAAUAUGUUUAAGUCCAAGCAUAAGCUAGACUUUUCGCUUGUUUCUAUGGAUCACAAAGGGAAAAAUACUCUGGGAUAUUCCGAUUCCGAGCUAGCAAACAUGGGAGGAUACGAUUUGGUGCACUACGAUGACUUAGCUUACGUGGCAAGCGCUCAUCAGGAACUACUAAAAACGGGAGCCUCGGGAAUGAUCGCCUAUCGGUAUCAGAAGAAGGAUGGUGCAUGGCAAUGGCUGCAAACAAGCUCUAGGCUGGUGUAUAAAAAUUCCAAGCCUGAUUUUGUCAUCUGUACCCAUCGUCAGCUGAUGGAGGAAGAAGGGCGGGAUUUACUCGGCAAACGCACGAUGGAUUUUAAAGUUAGCUAUUUGGAUGCUGGCAUCUCUUCGACGUAUUUCGAGUCGGAACAGUUGAUAGUAAGCUCAAAUAAUAGCAGCGCACCCAGUUCGCCGACCACAUCCCAGCAACGUGCCAAUCGGCGUUAUAAAACACAGCUGCGCGAUUUUCUCUCCACCUGUCGCCACAAGCGCAAGCUACCGAACCAAUGUGCUGCCGAACAGGUUUCGCCUAGUGUGUCCGUAGUGGAUUACAUUCCUGGUGGACCGCCAGGUACGGCGGCCGCGGCAGCCGCUGUGGCAGCAGCUGCCUAUUCCAACAGCAUUAAUAGUGUGUAUUCGCCAGCAGCACACUUUCCCGGCACUGCGCCAGACAACGUGUACAUGACCGGGCCGGUUCACUCGUCGAAUUUUUACCCGAUGCCCGAUAAUCUUUUCCACCAGUAUCGGCUGCAAGGUGUAAGUGGCUACUAUCCCGAGUAUCAUACCAGCACUAGUGCAUCCACCUUUGUUCCUACUAACGGGCUUAUUCCGUACGACAGUUAUGGAAUCACUAAAGAGGACACCAUGCGAUGGCAUGAGGGGACAAAGAGCUACGGUCCACCCGGCGAGUCAGGCCAAUCGCACCCGACCAGUGCCGAAUCAUCGCAACAACCGGAUGCACCUAGUGGAUGUACCACAAGCGAAGCACCAUAUCUGGUCAGUGGCUUUGCAGCUGCAGUCGGUACCGAUCCUCGAUCCCCUCAUGUUCCUAAAGGCUCGUGCCACCAGACUGUUAAAAGUGUUUCCCCACACUCAUCCGAGGAGCUGGUCGAUCCAUGCUGUACGGUGGAUGGUAACGCCACACCGACCAAAGAUUCAAUCGAUCGUCACGCACACCAUGGCAGCCAGGCGCAUCAUGGGCCGCACAGCACACAACACCACCAUCCCGGUACCCAUCAUCAAGCCUCCCACCAUAAUGCUCACCACCACCAGCACCAACAUCACCAAGCUGUGCAACAUCAUCAGGAUAUUCAGCAGCUGCAUCCGCACACGCAUCCUCAUUCGCAUCCCACUCAUCGCCAUCGGAACGGUGAUAGGACGGAGGAGCACAAAUUGGGCGGCGUAAAAUCACCGGCCGCUUCCUCGUCGCCUAUCCGCCACAACGAGCCGCAGCGCCAGACCGUUCUGAUGUGGGGUACGUCUUACAAUAAUAAUUCCAUCAGUGGCAACGAUGAUCCUCACGUUGCCAGUGGCAAUGGAUCGCCGUCCUACGAUUAUAUUGACUCCGCGGGUAACUUUAAUAUGGUCAACCUGUCAAAAUCCGGCUCCAUUGGUGCCUCUAUAAGUAGUAGUGAAUUGAAUAAUACUAGUAGUUCUAUCAAUGCGAGCUCCACUACAUCCACUAACGCUAAUCCCAACCAAACACAUUCGGUUCCUUGCGAGCCACCGCCACAAUCGUCUGGUGAACCGAUCCUGGAGCCAGCAAUCGACAACGUUUCGCGCACGAUCGCAAAACCUAUCACAUCGCACGUUGCGCUUAAUAAAUCGAAGCAACUGCAACCCUCCGAUUCCAGCGGUGGUAAUAACAACACUUACAGUGGCAAACACCAGCCAAAAGCCUAUGUUAACCAUUCUGCUAACCAACCUCCAACAACACCACACUCAGUACCGCCUCAGCAACAAACUGAGCCGCAGGUCGAAGGAACGACUGUCGUUCCAAUGGACCCAACCAAUAACAACAACAUGACUACUUCUUCCGUCGAUAAUAAAUGGUACUGCACCGAUGAUGCAUAACACACUCACAGAUACGCUGUAGUUCGUAGUACUAAUCGUAUCGUUUUGCCACUAAUAAUGCAUGCAGCCCAUCCAACUAACCAUGCUGGCGUUGCUUCCUCGAGAUGCGUUUAGUUUAGAUCUAGAAAGGCAAACACUGAUACUAUGAGCUCCAAAAUGAAAUCCUUCUUCUUCUUCUUUGGCACAACAACCGAUGUCGGUCAAGGCCUGCCAGUACCCACUAGUGAAGUGAGCUUGG